AUGUCGCUUUCGAUUGUAAUACAAGCCUCGUCCUCUAAAAAAAGUCUAGAGCACGGUAUCCCAAACAGAAUAGCGGCCGACAACGGGCGUCGAGUGUUCGUUACAAAUCGUCGGAAUCAAUUACCGGAUAAUGACCGUACCAGGGGAGCAGAGAAGCGUGCGCACGUAAAACCGCGAGGGCACACGCCCGCCAAAGCAAACAGGGCGCCCGACGGAAUCCCGUUGCGGCCGGUCUCGGCUCUUUUU